AUUCAUGUACCAACAUUGCAGUUCUGAUAGCAAGGGAAUGUCGCAUGAAGGCACUGUAAAAUCACACCACACACAGCCGUCUGACAUGUUGUUGAGCCUGUGAGUCACGCUUUUCAAGCAGUGACUAUUUUGAGUGGAGAACAAUUAGAUAAAUGAGUGGCUGUUAAAAGGCGAGGGAUAUGGGUCUUCACAAGCUAAGUGGAGGUUCCCUGCCUCCUAAAGAGACCAGCUCUCCUGUUGUAGAAAAGCUCAUGAAACAGAAUUUUACCCACAGGACAGAUAUUUCAUGCAAUGGUAGAUACAGCUUAAAGAAAAGAUGAGUCAAGUUAAAAAGUCUUCUUGGUAUCAGAACGAGAACCGGUAUACCAGAAUAUAAGACAAUGAAAGCUGAGAGCAAAUUGAAGACUGCACCUAAGAAUUUCUUCCAUUGCUGUUUUUUAUUUUUUACUUUUAUUGAUCAAUUGAUCAGUCAAAAAAAAAAAAAAAAGCUGAAAUACUGAAAAACACCAUCACAGCCCAUGGUGAUGUUUUCAAAUUGCAACAGUCUAAAUUAAUUUUUACAAUGAUGUAAAACAGAGAAGUGGGUCAGAUCCUCCCAUUUGAGAAGAUAAAAUCAAACAAUGAUUUGAACGUUUGCUUGACAAAUUCUGGUUUCACCAGAGAUGUGUGGGCAUGUUUACAGUAGUAGGUGGAUAGCUGAUUGGGUUUGGGGAUAAGUUGUGCUUGGUUCAGGUCAGGGUAAGCCCACGUCUUUCAGCAUGUCCCACAAUGUAGCAGCAGGCGUCAGUCCAACCACUGUUGAAGUGGUUGGACUGACAGUACUCCACCAUACUUAAGGAUACAAUAAGAAUAUACAAUACGAGUUACAAAUGUAUGUAGACGUCAUUAAAUCAUGCGUUAUGUUGGAUGGACCUUUUACUGGUGAGACAAAAAUAAAAUAAAAAAUCCAUUCAUUAAUGUUUUGGUAUAUUUCAUGUUCUACAAAUUAUGAUUGGUUACAACACAACAUUGGUUGAACACAAUAUUCAGCAUUCUAUUUGCUGCUAGCUUUCUAAGUUAGAUAUGUCUUAAACAAGUCAUGUGAUGUAUAAUCCACAAAACAAACAAGAAAUGCAGAUAUAAAACAAUAACCUCUGCAAUAACUUCAACGGUCAUACUGGGUUUCAAGUUGAUGCGUAAGAAUAUGCUCAUUCAUAAUCUGGGGCUCCGAGACUCUAAAUGGAACUUUGUGCUACAAACUUUAAACUAAAUGUUACUAAAAUGAAAGCAGGAGGCUGUGUAGCCUCAAAACAGCUGAACCCAGCAGCAUUGCUCUAGAAUCAGAGGUGGGGAAAUAAAUAGAUUCUAAGAUGCGUGGAGUUGCAUCGCCUCAAGACCGACAGGAGUGUUCGUGCCUUGUUUCCCGGCUGAGUGGAGUGACUCCGGUCCUGGACACAAAAGAAAGUGUCGACUCUGUGUUUUCUGACUACGGUCAGGAAGUCCAAGCCAGAAACUGCAACAAUUUGGUAAGACGGUUCCUGACGGUGGAACCACUUGGAUAGUGAAACGUAAUGCAACGUGCAUCAAACAAAUCAAGACGCAUUGAUAAUGGUUUCAUAAACGAAUCAUGGCCUCUGAACAGGAAUCAGAUCAUGAGGUGCCUUGAGACUCAUAACUAUUUAGAAUGCUGAUGAGUUUGUUACAUCAGAGCAGAGCAGUUAUCUGAAAACAGCCAAUAAGAAUUCAGCCUUGUCCGUGGCCAUGGUACUAUUGGUUGAACACAUUAUAAAAGUACUCAGAGCACCAGUUAGAAAUGCAGCUCGUUGAUUGAGCGAGGGGCUUGUUGUAGCUGUAGAGCAGACGUCGACACAAGGACACAUUUACACAUGUAAAUACAGACAUCAUGUAUUAUGUAGAGUCACUUUCAUCAGCUACUACAGUAUACUGUGCAAAGACAUUGUAAUUUAUUGCUAGAUUAAGAAGCAUACCAGUGAAAAUAAUACUUUUGAUACUUUAUUUUGAGAAAUAUAAACUCAGCAAAACCUGUUUUCAUUUAGGUCUAAAAUAUUAAAUGUUGUCAAACACAAGCAGCCUUACAAGAACACAUCUCAGCCUCAAUAGAAAGUCUGCACUCGGCCAAAUGUUGAUCGAUUUCCAUGAUUAUCUAAUGUAAGAAUAAGUGAAUAGGACUCUGAAUCAGAGCAGACCUUUAAUGCCAGUUUUCAGUACUUGAAUUCCCGAGACACUUAUGCCCAAAGACAAAUGACACAUUUUAGAUCUCAAGACAAACCAGCUCAAUCCUGAUCUGCCUUAAAACUGAGUGAGACAUCGUGUGGGCCGUUGUUGUGACAGUCACUCAGUAUAUCAUUUCAUACACUAAGACAGUCUGCAGAGAGCCAGUUCACGGUUUUCAGUGAUCAUUAGCAGAACAACACAUGACAAGAACCAUCAAAGAUGAAAGGCAAGGCAUCGAAAACUGAUUCAACACACAAACACAGAGACAGCCAUCCAAUUAGCACAGAGAGAGCAGCUAUCUGUCGGGAUGAUAAAUGAGUUGAAUUAGGUGGAUGCGAUGCAACAUGCAGACCAGGAGCAAAAGACCUGAUUUACACGAGACACGUUUAUUUUUCAUACUUAUUUUACUGAAAUCUUCGACGCGUUCUCUUGGCAGGAUCAGAGAUGGACUAUGACUGAGGAGGAACGCAAGAGAAGGUGAUGACAAUGAUGGGACAAGUCUUCUCUGGCAAGGAUAAAGGGGGGACUACAAAGGCUGUGAAUGUCCAACAGUCAAAGGAUCAGUCUCUUUGCGUGUUUUCCAAGGACUCUAUAUGACAUAUAUCUAAGUCUCUGCCAUUUGGUGCAACUCUGCCUCUUCUGGGAUCCCAGGGUCGAUGACGGCUCGAGCCAAGAGGAACAACCACACAAGCUUGUUUUCCAUUUCCCUUGGAUCCUCCAUCUCUACUGUCUACCGUCACUGUUCUCUGGAAUAUGACAUUUCAAACCUGAUGACAUAAAGUGCUGUGGACCAUAUCAGGACAAGUGUGAAAGACACAAAAUACCUGAAAAGUGGAGAGAAGUGGAGACAGGCGGAUUGUUCUGGCACUGGCAUCCUCUUCAAGCAGGGAUGAGACUGGAGGCAACGCUCCAAGCACAACGGACAAUGAUGAGACAGAGCUAUUCAUGAAAGAAAGCAUUGAUCUUAGUGCAGUGCACUGAUGCUGCAGACCACAUGCCCCCCAACGAGGGGCGGGUGUGUAUUGCUUUCUGUGUUUCACAAACAGACUUUUCCCUUCGCCUGAGUGGAGCCAGUAUCCCUAAAGCUUAGCUCAGACUCUUUGUUGUCCAUCACACUUGAAUACGUUCACAGAGGGAAUGUUGUGAAUCAGGUGGAUAAAGAGAAGAUUGAUCUUGUCAGGUCACGAUAUGAUGGGAUGGUUUGACAUGCUUCACCAAGUUCCUUGGAUUGUUGCUGAACUGGAGAGGACACUGCUGGAAGGGAGAGGCCUCUUCCUCCCAUCAGGAUAAUGCACACAUCCCCAGUGCGGAUCUCUGCAGCCACCAUGAGCAACACGACGGUGCUCGACACUGCUGACAUGACUUCAGACGAGCCCAUCUACCCCAUCAGCUUCCAGGUUUCUCUGACAGGCUUCCUACUUUUGGAGAUCGUUUUGGGCUUGAGCUCCAACCUCACUGUGCUCGUCCUCUACUGUAUGAAACAGAACCUCAUCAGCUCCGUCUCCAACAUCAUCACUAUGAACCUGCAUGUUGUGGAUGUGGUGGUGUGUGUCUGCUGUAUCCCGCUGACAGCAGUGGUGGUGUUACUUCCUUUGGAGACGGACACAGCCAUGAUCUGCUGUUUCCACGAGGCCUGCGUCUCCUUUGCAAGUGUAGCUACUGCCAUCACUGUCCUGGCCAUCACUGUAGACCGCUAUGACAUCUCAGUGCGCCCGGCGAACCGUGUGCUUACGAUGGGCCGGGCUGUAGCUCUACUGGGGUCCAUCUGGGCUCUAUCCUUUUUCAGUUUCCUGGUUCCCUUCAUGGAAGUCAGCUUCUUCAUCAACUCUGGUUCAGACCUUGUGAACCAGACUGCAGUGGUGACAGUGGCUCAUCCACAUGAGUAUUACACAGAGCAGGGUUUGUACUAUCACCUGCUAGCACAGAUCCCUAUAUUCUUUUUUACAGCUGUGGUGAUGCUGGUGACCUACUACAAAAUCCUUCAGGCACUUAAUAUCCGCAUUGGUACACGCUUUCAGCACAACUUACCAAGGAAGAAGCAAAAGAGCAAAACCACUAUUUCUCUGAGCACUACGACACAACCAGAGACAGCCGAGGCUUCACAGAGCAGCACGGGAGUCAGGGCAGGUGGGAAUGCACCUUUGGGCAUGCGGGUGUCCGUGUCAGUCAUAAUUGCGCUACGACGAGCAGUAAAGCGCCAUCGGGAGAGACGGGAGAGGCAGAAGCGAGUCUUCAGGAUGUCUCUUCUCAUCAUCUCCACAUUCUUACUUUGCUGGACCCCAAUAACUGUGCUCAACACCAUCAUCCUCAGCACUGGGCCCAGUGAUUUAACUGUUCGCCUCCGCUUAGGCUUCCUGGUGAUGGCCUAUGGAACCACUAUCUUUCACCCUCUCCUCUAUGCCUUCACUCGGCAGAAGUUCCAAAAGGUUUUGAAAAGCAAGAUGAAGAAAAGGGUGGUGUCUGUAGUAGAAGCCGACCCUACCCCAAACAAUGUAGUCAUCCAUAACUCGUGGAUUGACCCCAGGAGAAAUAAAAAGGUUACCUUCAAGGACACGGACGCCAGACAGAAAUGUCUGUGCUCACAAGACGUAGAGUAAAGGAGUAACCUAAAUGUAAAUAUGUUGUAUCUGCAGAGUUGAAAUGAAUUGGUUACAUUCCACUUAUAAAAGUAAAGUAACCGACUAUGGCAGAAACAUUUUUAAAAGCUGGUGCUGAUGGAGGCAGAUACGGAGCUUUGUUUAUCCAAAGAAAGACGUGGAAGUAUUUGGAAAAAAGAAACAGAAGAAAUCCAACUAUGAUGGGGAAAUAUACUACAAGCCUCAACAAGCUAAACACACGUGCUCAUUAACAAUGGAGUACAGCCACCAUGGGCAGCUUACUACCCUGAGAUCAGAGGAAUAUAGAGGUACAGGGGAGGAGUUUCCUUAAAGUAAAACCACAUGUAGAGUGAAACUACCUGCAGCGGAAUGUGUACGAGUUCAAGGAUUGCAUUUACAGUUUUUCCUCUGUACAAAAUAUGUCUCAAAAUAGGUGUCAUAGACACACGAGGGUCAUUUAUUGCUAUUUGUGAUGAAAUAUUGUGUUGAGCUCUAUCAAGGACAAUUCAGUAGGACUGGGCGAUGUGACGAUACAUUUCAAACCAUAAAAAAUAUCUAUGGUUAAUAUUUUUUCUAUUUCGUUUCUAUCGUGAUGUCUAAAAAACUGCGUAGCGGCAAUAUGAUUAGGACACCACUUUACGUUGCAUAUGGGAGCAGGAGCAGAGUGGAGCUCAAGCAAACAGCUGUUUUGCUUCCAGAGAGCACAACAUGCAGAAACGUUCUCAGGCUCAGCCCAACCGAGACAAGAGGAGCUCGCAAGAAAGCCAGACACGGACCACAGAACCCAUCUCCUGCACAGUUCACACAACAGUCCCACGACAGACAUAUCUGGAGUGCAGGCUAUUCUCUGACAAUAACCAGCACAAUAGGACUUUUCUCUUCUUCACCACACAGACUCUGAUACACAGAAAUGCAUUAACAGUGUUUUGUUUGUGGCUAAGCCAGUUUAGAUAUCAGGCCAGGCCUGUUUAAAGAAGAUAUCCAUAAGGCCGAUGUUUGUCUAUAUUUAUUUUUUUCUCGACAAGUUCACUUGAAACUCUUAUGUUCAUUUUGCACUAAAGUUCUUAAUACAAUUAGGAAAUACUCUUUUCAUUUGUUAAGUAUUUAAUUCACACAGUAUGCAACUGCCUUACAGUACAGUAUUGUUACCAUAACAAUUGUGAAGUAAUCUGUCACUGGAUGAGGCAGCACAAAGGAAUGGAAACUCUACGGGGGUCGGACUCAGUUGAAGUCUGGUGAUUUCAGAUCAAACUUAGUCUGAACCAGAGCAGAAGGUCACAGGUUUAGGGCAUUAAAGCAACAGUUCACCCUCAAAUCAGAAAUACAUUUAUUGUCCUCUUACCUGUAGCGCUGUUUCCCUAAACCACUACCUGAUCACUCCAUGUAGACAUCUCAUUGUAGUCACACUUAAUGCUCUCCAGGACAUCUACAACUUAUCCACAUACACUCAUGGGUUUUACAUGACAAGUAGCCAAUUAAGUGCAUAUAUUAUUAGUCUCUUCAUUUCAAAAUCUGUAUUGAGGUUUUUAUAACAGCUAUUAUUUGCAUUUGAUGCAGAUUUGGAGACCAAGAUGUCUUUAGCGUUGCAGCUAUUUGGUUAUAGAAAAAUGACCAAUAGAGAAGCUUAAAUUCAACCCUGAUGAUGGCGCAUGAAAGGGGAAGGGAUCCCCAGAAUGAUUACAGUCUGAUUAGAGUAAAACAUGAAUGUUUAUUCCAAACCUCAACGCAAACCUGUCCAACAGCUGUUAACACCUCAUGGUGACGUGAGAGAACACGUCUUUGGGAUUGCCACGGUAUAAUUAGGGCUCAUCCUCUGGAGACCAUCAAGCCCUGUGGAAAAUUUGACCAAAAGUGUGUGGACAUCAUUUUGUGUAUAUCAGCUAAAAGGUCUAUAUCAUGCAUUUUAUUAAAGAAUUUCCAAUUGUGGUAACCUCUGGGGAAAGGAAAUCAAACUACUCUGCAGACGACCUUCUUAAAACCCCACUCAAGUGAUUCCAGGACCCCACAGUGUGAAGCAGAACCAAACACAGAGCAGCAAAACACACUUGAGAAAUUGUUGGAAUUGUUGGUGAACAGCUGACCGGCACAGCAGAGACAAGAAGCAGACACUGAGUCACCUUUGAGAGGUUGUUGGUGAGGACACUGUCUCCAUUUAAAAGGACUUUGCAGCCAAUGGAAUUUGUGGGAGCCUGUGUGUGUGUGUGUGUGUGUGUGCUAUGAGAAGUGGUCAUCGGCUAGCAGGCCCAGGCUGCUGAAAACACUCUGAAUGCCUUGUGAUAACUAAGGGUCGUACGCAUAGAUAACUGGUGGCAGUGACAUUAGAUGCAUCAAUAUGACUUUUGGUCUGCUGACACCAGAAGGUCAGUCCUCUGAACCUCCAGCUAAUGUUAAACGCUACAAUUCUGACCAACACAAUGACCACGUCUAUGAUGAAGAGCUCAGAGAACAGGUGACCUGGGAUUGAAUGGAUCACUGUUGUGACCUGAUCGAAUGGUAUAAUGACCUCCUUUAUAUGAUGUAUUCAUAACUGAGCUUGUUUGCAGUUUGAAGUGUCUGUUCUACACGGCGCUCUUUGGGGAAAUGCUUUGUGGGUUGCAGGGGGAUUUUCCGCCACUGGAAAAAAGCAGCAGCGGCGUUCCCAGUUCUCAUUACCCGUCCAUGGUGAGCACUGAGGACUGCAGCGCUCGCUGUGAGAGUGUGUCAACCAUCAGUACUCUGCAGACACCAGUUGAAUCUAAUUCUACAAAUAGUAGAAUAGUCCACUAAUGAUGUUGGUGUAAACUAAUCUGUAUCUGCAACAGUGAAUAAAAAGCGGGUUUAAAGAAA